AUGAUGGAAGCAGAAACUACCGGAAACCGGAGGAAGCUCACUGCAGAUGAUUACACCAUAGCAAUAAUAUAUGUCAAGCCCAUAGAAAUGGGCGCGAUAACUGCUAUGGUAGAUGAGUUUCAUCAGCCGGUUGAACUGCAUAUCAACGAGAAAAAUGAGUAUACCUUGGGCCGCAUUGGUAACCAUAAUGUUGCUAUUGUAGGACCAGCAAAAGGCAAACAGGGGAAAGUAGCAAUCACAGGAGUUGCUGCACGCAUUUCAUAUAUGUUCAGAAACAUCAAAGUGGGUUUGUUAGUUGGGAUUGGAGGUGGAAUACCUCGUCCAGACGCAGAUAAAGAUGUGCGAUUGGGGGAUGUGGUAGUUGGUGCACCUGAGUAUGGUGAUGCAAUUGUCCAGUACGACCUUGGAAAACAAUAUACCGACAGAGUGGAGAACUCUAGGUCUCUCAAUAAGCCGCCAGAUAUUCUUUUAAGAGUCGUUGACAGAGUCAACGACGAGCAUCGACGAGCGAAGCUAGAAGACGACUUCUUCCGAAGCCACCUGAAGAGAUUUGAACAGUUUCCGAGAAUAGAAGAAGAUUAUAAACGUCCAAAAGCCGCCGAUCGUUUAUUUGAUCCUCUAUUUGAACAUGAUGGGAGUUCGUGUAGCGAACACCACACUUACUACGAAGUCAAGCGGAAGCCCCGAAAUCCUAGACUAGGAGAUGUCAAGAUACACUAUGGAACAAUCCUGUCAGGGGAUAUGGUUAUCAAAUCAGGGAAAAGGAGGGACGAAAUAGCAUCAAACUAUCCUAAUGCUCUAUGUUUCGAAAUGGAAGCGGCAGGAGUAAUGGACGACCUUCCGUGUCUUGUCAUACGAGGAAUUUGCGACUAUUCGGAUUCGCACAAAAACAAGGAGUGGCAAGGGUAUGCCGCAGCUACAGCAGCUUCAUAUGCCCGGGAGAUUCUUUUGACAAUGGCAGAAAGGGUAGAAGGAGACUUUGGCGGAGGAACACGUACCGGGCUUCCUUCUAGAUCCGCUACAUGGCCUGCAACCGCAAACUCAAGUACUACGAAUAACAAAAAUACCACAUCGCAGCCUCUUUGGGGUGGUGACUUUUUUGAUAGCCCUCUUUUCACACCGCCUCCGAGUACCAGCAGUCAAACGCCGGUCCGUGCUCUCUGGGGUGGCAACUUCUUUGAUGGGCCCCAAUUUACACCGCCUACAAGCCCCGGGGGAAUUGGAGUGCGGAAGACUUACACCUAUUAA